UGAAGAGUCCUAAGUUUCAAGAUGGACGAUUGCAACCUUGAGAAGCUUGGCAUAAAACCUGGAAAAAUUGCACCCGCAUUUCACCAAGACACCUUAGAAUAUAGUUCUACAGUGCCUAGCAAUACCGCUGAAGUAACUUUAGAUCUUCUCACAAGAGACAGUGGAGCAUCUUACACAAUUUCAGGAAGUGGCGGGUCAAAGAAGGUGCCAGUGAAAGAAGGGGCUGUAACUGACAUCAAAAUAGAAGUCUGUGCUGAAGAUGGAAAAACAACCAAAGUAUACAUCAUUCAUGUGAAGCGACUGUCAGCUAAAGAUGCCACACUCUCCAGUCUCAAGUUAGAUGUUGGAACGCUUGUACCAGAGUUCAAUGUAGAUACCUAUGAAUAUACAUGUUUAUUGGCAUGCAAUGUUAAUGCUGUUAAAGUUACGCCAACCCCACCAGAUCCUAAAAAUGCUGUGACUGUCAAUGACGAGAAACUAGGAACUCCUACGACACUUAAUGUAGGAAGUACAAACAUCGUAGUAGAGGUCACUUCUGAAGAUGGGUCUAACAAACAAAAAUACUGCAUCUGUGUUACACGCAAGCAACUACCUCGUCAUGUUAAAAUUGUAGAUCCUGCUGUUGCUUUGCAAUACGAAGAUCCUAUUUCUCUGAGCACUUUAUAUCGACCAAUCACCAUCAGGAACAGUGAUCCGAGACACACAUUCUCUGCACCAAUCAUUGAUGAGUUUACAAAGACAUCCAAGUUUGAUCCAAUCAAUGAUACUGCUCUUGAAUCUGAUUGGAGGAUUGAAGAUUUUGAACUAGACAAAAAGAUGAGUGCAACAACUGCAUGUGUACCUCUAACUUAUGGUGGUACAUCAGAGAGUUGCAAGUUUUCUGAUCUUGGAGCACAGAUUGCCAAAUGUAAUGUUACACCAAAAGUUGAAGAUCCCAAAGACAGGUUUAAGGAUAUCAAUGCACCAGUAAAUCAUAAAGUUGAGCAACGUAAAUGGGAGAAGAGUUUACAGCAGGUGUUUGGAGAGACCAGUGCAGACAAGCUGGUCACCACUGCCAAAGAUGAACUGAAGAGCUAUUUUUCUGCACUGCCUAAACCUAGUAGUUCGAGGCAGUGGCCAGAUGGAGAGUCUCCAAUGGACUACCUACAGCAAGCUAUUUAUUGUUAUGCCACUGCCGUAAAAGUUAAAACCAAAGAUGCCAACCUUCAUUUACAGUUAGGAAUUCUGUUAGAGGAGAAAUAUUAUAUAGAAGACAUAUUUGGAUUGAAAAAGGAGAGUCAUGAUGACCUUCCGUCCCUAAACCUGCAAGCAGCCGAGAGCUCCAAGGAUGAUGAAUGUAAUGCCAUCUGUAAAAUACAUGGGGUAGAGCCCACAGCACCACUACCCCUACAACUGAAAGCUAUAGACAUGGAGUAUCACAGCUUGAUAAGUUCUGGCCAGUCAUCAAAGGCAGAUCAUGUUAUGGAACUGUAUCAGUGGAAAUCAAAACAGGCAUCACAGGAAGGUGCAGCAGCACAGAAAGCUACUGAUGAGGAGUCACCCCUGGGUCAGGCAUAUCUUAAGUACAUGGAUGCUUUAGCAUGUGAUGAGGCAAAAGCUUUGUUCAACUUCCAUGUAGGACGUAUGUUGGUAGUGCAGGGUAACUAUGACGAUGCUGUCAAACGGUUGGAAACAAGUCUCAACUGGAAUGCCAAUCAUCAACUCUCUAGGUUUUAUUUAGGUCUUGCUCUUGCAUUGAAGAAAGAUGGACCAGGUGCUAGAGUGAAAGAGAGUGUCCUUUACCUCCUUGAGGCAUUUGAAACAUUAAUGACAGAGAGAACUAAACAGUCAAUGAGCCAUGAGCCUGAAAGUUACGUUGUACCAAUUUUGCGAGCAGAAAAUUUGAUGCAGCCUACAAAUGUGCAUCUUAUGCGAGGUUUUAUUCAACUUGGACGAUUACUGAAACAGAAUGCAGAUAUUAAAGAGGCUAUGUCACCAGAGGAUAUAUUUCACAAUGCAGCAUUACUAGCAACACAGAUGUUGCCGUUUAUUUCUCGAGGUGACAUGUACAGACAACUUGAAUGGGUAAUUCUUGAUGCACAUGCAAAUCUGCUAGAGAUUUUGUCAGCAAACCAAGCAGCCAAUGCUAAGCUGAUUGUUCAGAGAUGUGAGAGAUUGUCAGCACUCAUUACACACUCUAUCAUACCACAGAAUGAUCAGUUACUCUCAUUACAAGAAAAGACCUGCCAACAGUUGAUACAGAUCACACCAUGUUCUAGUCAUGCUGUUUACCUUCUUGGAGCCUCACAGUUCGCUCACUAUGAGAAUACACCCCCAGGAGACGAGGCAACUAAGCUUUUGGCAGAUGUUAAAUCAUCAUUUCAAACUUCUAUCAGCCUAGAGGGCAAACCAGCAGCAGGAGAUGUUCCAGAAACAAUUAAAAAUCAGCAAUGGUGGCAAGAGAAGGUUCGUCUGGAGGAAGAGAAAAAGAAAGCUGAGGAAGCCAAGAAAGCUCCUGCUAAGGCACCAGCUGGUAAGGCUGGAGCUCCUGCUGCAAGAGGAGGGGCUGCUGCAGCCAGGGGUGCUCCGGCUGCCCGGGGUAGGGGAGCAACCACAUCUGCCCCUGCAGCUAGAGGAGGAGCUGCAGCAGCACGAGGUGCGAAGGCAGCACCAGCAGCAAGAGGUGCACCUGCUAAGGCUCCAGCAGCAAGAGGGGCACCAGCAGCAAGAGGAGCAGCAGCUGCAAAGCCGGGAGCCAAAGCACCUGCACCGGCUGAAGCCCCUAAACAAGAAACCCCACCUCCAGCACCUGUAAAGGAAACCACAGAACCAGCAGCACCAACUGGCCCAGCCCCCAUCAACAGGAAGUCAUACCAUCCACGGCUGGGUCUGGCUAGAGCGCAUAAAGCUGCAAGUGAAAUUCCAGAUGCCCAGAAAUACUACAAUGAGGUCAUCACUAUGUCCCCUGAGGUUCAUGAUGCUUACAUUGAACUAGCUGACAUGUUGGUAAAAACAGAUCCAUUAGCUGCAGUAGAUGUGUACUGUAAAUUCCCCGUCUCAGACAAACCAUCAUUUGAUGACGCCUAUAUAUUUGGUGACAUUGUGAGACUACUGAUAAAGGCAGAGAAGUUUGAUGAUCCAAGGCUAGGGCCUAAUAUGAUUACAUAUGGAAAAAUACUUGGUUUAGGAGCUUUGGAGAAGUACGUGAAGAUACUGGAAGAUAAAUACAAGAAUGAGACUUUAAAACAAGUGUAUGCUGGAGUGAAUGGUAGAGAUAUAGACGACCCAGACAUGCAGGCUUUCUUCAAGUUCAAAUGUUGGCUGUAAUGUGAACUCAUGUGAAUCCCUCCUUCAGUUUAUUGUUUUCUGAAUUUAAGAUGUCAGAUCUGAAGUAAAUAUUUUAUAUCUGAAGCUCACUUACAACGCAGGUGUUCUUCAUGUGAAAGCUUGAUAAAAGUUCAAAGGCUAGAUCUUCAAGUGAAAGCUUCAUAUAUUUUCAAAAGCUAGAACUUCAUGUGAAAGACUGAAGCAUGAUCUUCAUGUGAAAGAUUGAUUUAAGUUCAAAAUAUGAAUCUUUUGAUAAGUACAAUGUUUGGACAUGAUAUGUACAUACCAACACACCAUGUAAACAAUUUUUUUGUUGGAUUUCAUGUCAUUAAAUUUAAGUCUUGUUUGCAAAAUUAAAUGGCCAUGAACAAAUUGAGGGCUGUACAGACUACUGCCAUUUAUUUAGUAAUUGUUCUUUUAGGUCCUCACAAUUUCUGUUCUGUGCUUGAAAUUUGGAAGAUAUUCAUGGAAUGCAAUGGAUUGAGAAGAAACAGCAUUACUACUGAUAUGAAAACUAAUGUUUGUAGAGAAAUCUACAGGGUAAUUUCAACAGGCAGUUUAUCUUCUUCAGAAUUAACAGAAAAGGAAAACAGCUUUUCUUGAAUUCAAUGUUCAUGUUGUAUUGGUUAACACUCUAUGAAUGCACACAUAAAUUAGACUGAAACUCUUUUUGUUUUGCUGUUUUACUAUGAAUGUUCUUGAGUUAUAAAAAUGAGGACCAGUCUCAAAAUUACAACAUUUGAUUGGUUGAUUCUUAGCCCAGUCUUAUAUAGACCAAUAGCAACAUUGCAUUCUGAGAUGGGUCUUCAGAUUAGGUUUAUAACCUCGUAGCCAGAAGUAGCACAGCAUCAUUGAAAAUGCCACUGAGUGUUUGCUAGUGAACACUUUUGCUGACAUUACUGUAGAUGUUUCUAUAAAUGGAAUUUUAAUUACAGAAGGCAGCAUAGUUAUUGACUGUGAUACUAUUUUUUGCUGUGAUAAAUUGUUAUUUUGUGAUACCCUAGUUUGAAUUUUCAUUGUACUGAUGUGUUAACAGGUCCCACUGUCAAACAUUAUUAUACAGUAAAUGCAUUUUAUAGAAUAAGUAGAUUUUCAUUUUCCUUGCACUAAUCAUAUUUCUGAUUUGACCUGUAAUAUCUCCUUCACAACUGAAAACGUCGAAUUUAUGUUACAGUCCAGUCAGUAUCACUUAAUUAUUUGAAUCCGAAGAAGCUGCUACAGUGCCUAGUUGUAAAUGCUUGUAACUGAACUGUUGAAGCAUAGAGCUUAUUUAGUCCCCAGCAUGUACUUUGCUUUAUCAUAUCCUGCAAAGGCAAUGAAUGCAAAUAGUUUGUUUCCCAGUUUAAUAAAAGAAUGAAAUUAGA